CCUCGGUGACAUCAUCAUGCGCGCGCCGCGUCGCUCUUCGCCACCACUUGUAGCCUAAGACGCGUCCCCAACAUGGGACUCCGCAACACAGCUUGCCUUCAACGCUCACCUCGACGAGCGCACUGGUUCAAAUUUUGUUCACAGACUCUAAUGCCCGCGCAUCCUUCAGCAAUCCCGGAGACGCGAAUUCAAGUCUGUUGAGACAUGAUGGAAAACCUACCCAUCGACACCUCGCAUCCGGCGGUGAGAGACUAUCUCGCGCUGAUACGGCUGCAAGUGCUCACGCCGCUCUCGCUGCUCAUCAACAUCGCGACGGUGAUGGUAUGCAGCGCGAUCCUGACCCCGGGACUCAGCGAAAUAUCGAAGCUAUACCCAGCGACUAUCGCUCCGAACCAGAGCCUCAUCUCCAUCUAUGUCACGCUCGUCUAUGUUGGCCAACUGGGCUACUGCGUCCUGCUCGUAUUUGCACGAAAACCAGAAACUAAGGCGGCGAUGGUGAAGGGUGUGGGCAUGCCGCUUGUGAUCGCGAACUGGGUGAUGGCUGGUUGGGCUAUAGCCUGGGUUCUGCAAGCCUUCGUUGUCGCGACGUUGGCGCAAGGCAUAUUGUUCGUGUUGUUGCUCUACGCCAACCUCGUUCUACUCGUGUACCAUAGGCCGACGUGGUCCAGACCUUUUGAUGUACUAUUCAUCCAUGCGCCCGUACGGGCGUUCAUGAUCUGGCCGUUCAUGAUCAUGUUCCCUUAUACGCUCUUCGUGUCCCUCGGAUGGACGUUCUCACCUGGCGAGCCUCAGCACUACGCACGGCAUCAAUGGCCAGGCUUCAUAAUCAUGCUCAGCGUGAACCUCGUCGGCCUGCUGGUCGUCGUCAUCAGGCGUGACGUCGUCUGGUGCAUAUCCGCAGCCUGGAUGUGCGCAUCGGUAUGGAGCCGACAGCCGAAGCCCAUGCCUGUCUGGCUCACCUGCGUGCUCUUCACCGUCGCCCACCCGCUCGGGCUUGUGGUGUCGUGGCUAUGGAUGCGCCUGCGCGGACGGCGCGAGGGCCGCAUUGCGCUCCCGCCGGACCAGGAUGGCCAGCCGCAGGGAAACGGACAGGACCAAGGGAGACCUGGAGGCCCGAGAGAGGUUGACGCAGAGGCGCUGUGGGGAUGA